AUGUGCCGUGUUCCGGAGCGACCGAUCGAUGCCCCCAUGCGUCUGCCGAUCUCUGGUAUCUACAAGAUCAAGGGUGUCGGUGAUGUGCUUGCUGGCCGUGUCGAACAGGGUAUCGUAAAGCCCAAUGAAGAAGUCAUUUUCUUGCCGACCCACACCGCUGCCAACGCCUGCGCCGGAAAGGUCUUCCAGAUCGAGAUGCACCACAAGUCCGUACCGGAAGCCAAGCCGGGUGACAACGUUGGUAUGAACGUUAAGAACUUGGAUAAGCAGAACAUGCCGCGCUCCGGUGACGUCAUGAUCUACAAGAAGGACACCACCUUGUCCGCUGUCAAGGCCUUCGAUGCCCAGAUUCAGGUCCUCGAUAUCCCGAACGAGAUCAAGAUCGGUUACUCCCCGAUCGGUUUCGUCCGCUGCGGACGUGCUGCGUGCCGUAUCUCCGCCCUCAAGUGGAAGAUGGGCAAGGAGACUGGCGGUAAUAUUUCUAAAAUUGGUUCUUUCUUCUAAGAAUCAUAGAUUUCUCAUGAUGCUCAUGCUGUUUCAGACAUGAUAGCUCUUUCAGGGCUGGUACAAAAGUGAGCACGUAAAUGAUUCUCCUCUUGUUCGAUCCACUUCUCCUAUCACCAUCAUCCACCUUUUUUCUACUCUCAGGUAAGAAGAUGGAGGAGCCGCACUCCCUGAAGUCCAACGAGAUGGCCCAGGUCACCUUCGAGCCGCAGCAGCCGCUCGUCGCUGACUCCUUCAAGAACUGCGAGGGUCUCUCCCGUGUCGCGUUCAUGGACGGAAACGGUGUUGUCAUGUUGGGAAAGGUCGUCUCUGUCGAGGCCAAGGUCUUCGAGGCCAAGAAGAAGUAAAUGAUUCCUUCGCUGCUUCUAAACUUCACAAAUCCAUCUUUGUCGAUUUCUCGGAUGAAACCUAAAGCAAACGGUCCCUCACAAGCACUUGAUUGAGCGGAAUUUAGAGCUUGACAUCUGCGUCGAGAUCUUAUGAGCCAUGCUCCAAUCAGAAACACUUGUCGUUGCUUCUACUCGAGUUCAAAGACGAAAC